UACAGGAGAGGGAAGAGCUGGCGCUUCACAAGUCCCUCUGGAGGCUCUUCAAAACACUGUUACCAUGGACACAAACUUGACUGGGAGAGGAGUGAGGAGUGUGUUUGUGUGUACACCCUGUGUGCGAGGAAAAAGAGGCCGCGCGUGAUUGACUGCCAGCAAUCUGAUCCAGUGAAAGACAUUGACAACCAAUAGGAAGCGGAGUGCGGCUUGUUUCCAUGGGAGGCCCCGGGAGGCGAUGCCAAGCCGCUAGAAAGCAACUCAGUGAGCGGGGAGAAGCGCAGGCAACCGCCGGGACUGUGGAGAUCCUGCAGCCGCUCUGUGGACACUCUGCGCGCGGAUGAAAGCGGCGGCGGCGCGGGGCUCGCGAGGUGACCGGAGAGUAGACGCGGGAGACUUUGCAGAUUAAAGCCACAGAGAGAGAGAGAGAGAGAGAGAGAGAGAGAGACACAGCAUGGAUGGAUUUCAUGACCAGCAAGUGCCUUACUGUAACUCCAAAAAGCUGCAAGAAAAAACAACGAGCUGCGAGAGGCCAGCAAAUGACAGAAAGAGAAAAUUCAUUAAGUCCGACCUGGCUCAGGACACUGAAGAGCUCUUCCAGGACCUCAGUCGGCUGCAGGAGACUUGGCUGGCAGAAGCUCAAGUUCCCGACAAUGACGAGCAGUUCGUUCCAGACUUCCAGACUGAAAACUUGGCUUUCCACGGACUGCAGCUGAAGAUCAAGCGAGAGCUGCACAGCCCGUGUUCAGAGCUGAGCUCCAACUGUAGCCAAGAACGGCCCUUCAAACUCCAGUAUGGAGAGAAGUGUCCGUACAACGUCAGUGCCUACGAGCAGAAGCAGCCUGCAGGAAUGAAGCCCUCCAGCCCAGUGACGCCCCCCUGUAGCACCCCCGUGUCCCCCCUCCAUCAUGCCUCACCCACGGCGGCCCCGACGCCCAAACCAGACAGGACCUACGCUCACAUACCGUCCUCGCAGCCGCUCCCUGACAGCGCCUACUCCAUGGACCACAGAUUUCGACGUCAGCUCUCGGAGCCGUGCCACUCGUUCCCCUCCCCGCCGACGAUGGCUCGGGACAGCCGGCCCAUCUACCACAGACAGAUGUCGGAGCCCAACAUCCCCUUCCCUCCUCAAGGCUUCAAGCAGGAGUACCCCGACCCCCUCUUCGAACACCCGGCCAUGAUGGGGACGCCGCUGCCCCACGCAUACCCCGCCACCAUGAUGAUCAAGCAGGAGCCCAGGGACUUCACCUACGACUCAGCAGAAGUGCCUAGCUGCCAUUCUGUCUACUUACGGCAAGACGGCUAUCUGGCUCACACUAACAGGACUGAAGGUUGUAUGUUCGACAAAGUGGCGAGGCAUUUCUACGACGACACCUGCGUGGUGCCCGAGAAGGUCGAAGGCGACAUCAAGCAGGAGUCAGGUCUUUACCGCGAGGGCCCGUCGUACCAGCGCAGAGGCUCGCUGCAGCUCUGGCAGUUCCUGGUCGCUCUGCUGGACGACCCGGCAAACUCCCACUUCAUCGCCUGGACCGGCCGCGGCAUGGAGUUCAAACUCAUCGAGCCGGAGGAGGUGGCGCGUCGGUGGGGGAUACAGAAGAAUCGACCGGCGAUGAAUUACGACAAGCUCAGCCGGUCGUUGCGCUACUACUACGAGAAGGGAAUCAUGCAAAAGGUGGCCGGCGAGAGAUACGUCUACAAGUUCGUGUGCGACCCCGAGGCCUUGUUCUCCAUGGCGUUUCCCGACAAUCAGCGGCCGGUGCUGAAGACGGACAUGGAGCGGCAGAUCAACGAGGAGGACACGGUGCCGCUGUCGCACUUUGACGAAAACAUGGCCUACGUACAGGAGGGGCCCUACUGCCAGCCGCACCCCUACAGCGAGGGCUACGUUUAUUAACGUCAGCCCCCAACCACACACACACACACACACACACACACACACACACACACACACAGCCCCCCUCCUCCCGCACCUCCUCCUCCUCCUCCUCUGUACACCUGAGACUGUCAUGUCCUCUAUUUCACAGUCGCUCCAGGAAUAAGACUGAACACACACAUGCAGUGGAGCCUCCAACCCCCCCAACACACACACACACACACACACACACACACACACACACACACACACACACACAUCCUCUUUUUUUGCUCUUGUUCUUUCUGACGUCCAAGCCGCACAGCAGGAUGGAGAGUGCACUUUAUGGACCGGGCCGGCGCGUGUUGCCAGGGGCUAGCUAUGUGGUUGGCUUUUUACCGUUGUUUAUGUUUGUACAUUAAUGUGGGAAUCAUUCUGUUUGUUUCUUUUUUCUUUUUGUUUUCUGUUUGUUUUUUUAUUGUUAUGAUUUCGAGCAUGUGGCUACCUGUUGAGACGGGACUCGACGGCUAAUUCAUGGUCACCCAAGGGACUGAAUCUUUAAGACUUUGAUUUCCCCGCAGAAGAAGAAACAGUCUCGUCCCCGGCGAACGGAAGGACGAUCACUCGUGUUUCGACCGUCCUGAAAACCGUUUGUCCUGAAAACAUGAAAGCAGCCAUCCUGUACUUUUCUGCUCAUUUAAAUGAAUACUGGCGACGUAUUGUAACGAUACUUUUAUGGUGAAGUAACAUGAUAAUAGACUUGAAAAAGUAAUGUGAUUAAUAAAAAGAGACAUUUAGCUACCAUCAGUGAGAACUGCCUCGCCACCAGUUUGAACACGGCACCUCUUUCUGUCGAUGAUCUCCGCCCCUCCUCCAAUCAAACUGUAGAUCUCAUGUAGCUGUUUUUUGCUGUAAACUCACCGGAUCAUUCUCUCAACGACUGAAAAGCCACGUGGGUUUAUCGAUGAUAACGAUGAGACGUCGACGCACGUGAGGAUGCGCUCGACUCGUACUGAACUGUGUGAGAUGGAAAAUAUCUCUUUUCUUUUUUUGUUUUUCUGCAUCUCGUGUGAACGGCCUGUGUGUGUGGGAGACAUCGAGCGCAGCCGCAGGCCGCUGUAUAAUAACUCAUCGACUGUAAACACCAGUUUCCUUUGUAUCUGAAAUGCAUCAAAAAGCCACUCAUUUGUCAUUCAGGUGUUCGGUUUUUAAAUGAAUAACUGGUGAAAGUGUAUGUACAGUUAAAAUGGAAACAGCAAUCAACACAUUCAGGAUGAAGUUUGCAUCGCCAAAUAAAAAAAAAAAAGAAAAAAGACAAAAAGACAGAAGUGAUUUCAUUGGUUCAGACAAAAAUAAAAGGACACACACAAAAAAAAAAAAAAUUAAACUUAAAAUCAAAUAUUUCCCAGAAAUUCCUUUUUCUUUUUUCGUUCCAGGUGAACAUGAGGUGUAUAUUUUGCUUAAAAAUGUUGCAUUGCCAUUGAUACAGUUGCCUUUUGGUAUAAAAAUAAUAAUAAUAAAAAAAAAGGUAUAAGGUAUAAAUAUCUAGAGUUUUAUAAUGUGAUGAAAAAACAUUCAUGUUACAACAAAAAAUAGUGUUCCAUUGUAUAAUCAGGUAAAUGCACAUUUUGUUGCUGCUUCAAAUUGUAAGUGUAUUUUCUAGUCUCAAGAUAAAAGAAAAAAGAAAAGAAGUGCGGCAGCUAUGGCCAUUUUUUUUUAAUUUAUAGUUCAACUUUGUUUUUUAAUUUGUUUUUUUGUUAAAUCUGAGCAUUAAAAAAGAAUCUGUUCUGUCUGA